UCCCUAAACUUGCAGUGUUUCCAGGAGUCCUCAGAGUCUCAGAGCUGACUCCGCUGCUGGAGGUGUUUGAUCGGGAUCAUGGAGCUGGUCUUUCUGUCAGCCUGUCCCUCUCUGCACCUCUAACCCUCCAGCUGCCCCACUAUGGCGCUCCCGGUAAACGACUCCUGCUCCGUGCCUGACCUCCCCGAGUUCAAUCGGUCAGAGGACGACGGACACACACCGGAGUCGGUGAUUGUGCCGGUGGUGUUCGGGAUCAUUUUCGUGUUGGGGGUGGUGGGGAACAUUUUAGUGCUAGUAGUGAUAGGGAAGGUGGGGUACAGCGCAGGUGGGGGAGGCGGCGGUGGAAGUGGAGGAGGAGUUGGGAGGCGCUCGCUUAGCCCGACCAACAUCUUCAUCCUGAACCUGAGCGUGGCGGACCUCGGCUUCCUGCUCUUCUGCGUGCCCUUCCAAGCCACCAUUUACACUCUGCCGGAGUGGGUGUUCGGGGCCUUCCUCUGUACGUUUGUACACUACAUCUUCACCGUCAACAUGCUUGUGAGCAUCUUCACGCUCGUGGCCAUGUCCGUGGACCGCUACAUUGCCGUGGUGCGCUCCAACAAAUCUCUGAGCGUCCGGAGCCCAAGGAACGCACUGGCAGGGCUGUGCGUCAUCUGGACGAUGUCUCUGGUGUGCUCGGUGCCGGUGGCCAAGCACCAGGGCCUCAUUAGCUACCACAACGGAACUUUCUGCUGGGAGGACUGGGCCGGAGCCUCCAAAAACGCCUACAAAGUGACCCUCCUGGUGUUGGGGUACCUGCUACCGCUGCUCCUCAUCAGCUGCUGUUACACUAAGAUUUUAUUUCAUCUCCAUAAAAAAAUGAAGAACAUGUCCAAGAAGUCUGAGCGCUCCAAAAAAAAAACGGCUCAGACGGUCCUCCUGGUCGUCACUGUCUUCACUAUCUGCUGGAUGCCCCACCACAUCAUCGUCAUGUGGGCGGAGUUCGGCACUUUCCCCCUGACCCAGGCGACCUAUGUCUUCCGCCUCGUGUCCCACUGCCUGUCCUAUGGAAACUCCUGUGUUAACCCCAUCCUGUACGCCUUCCUGUCUGAGAACUUCCGCAAAGCUUGUCGCAAGGUCUUUACCUGCUACUUCCUGUACCCGCCGCCUCCCACAGAAAACGUGGUUCGUUUUCGCAUGGAAAACUUCUCCACCACACACUCCACCACCAACAUAUGAAGGGCCAAGAUAAAUGACGCUCAGGGUGCUUAUCUAGCAGUAAAUGAGGGAAAGCUUUUUCUGAGUGGAUCUGCUGCAGGCAGGUCACAUGAAAAUAAGACGGCACGUGAUUGGAGGAUUUAUUCACAAGAAAACAAGAGACUCAUCAGAAACUUGCAGAGCCUGCUGGACUGCUUUAAGUUUUGUGUAAAGAUAUUUCAGAUAUUGUUUUUAAGCUUUAAACUUAAUAUUAAAAAAACAUUUUGUGAUGUGUUGGUUUUUUUAUCGAAAAUUUUGAAACUUUCAUACUUUUAUGGUUUUUUUUGUUGUUGCUUUUUUUUUAAAUAAGAAGAAUUUUUUCAGACCAUUAACGCAACCUGAAAUCUUUCAGUUUGAAAAUGUAAACUGUCAUCAUAUCAUACGGUAUACAAACGAAAUAUACAUAAACGUUUACAUUUUUCAUAUUUUUAUUCAUUUUGUUUGGACUGACCGAGAGUCUAAAAGAAAGACAUGCGAGUUUAAAGUAACCAGAUCAGUUAAAAAAUGUAAUUAUAUUUAAAAUAUAAUAAAUAAUUCUGCAAUUUGUUUUUACAAAAAUUAAUUAAUUACUUAAAAAAAACCUUUAAAUCUGUAUUUCAGUUUUAAUGGUGUAAAAUUAUUUAUCUAUUUAUAAUAAUUGUGCUGGUUCAGAUUAUAAUUUCAGUUUUUUAUAAUUCAGUGUUUUUUAUUCAUUGGCAACCUUUUCGAACCUUUGAAAACAUGAAAUCUGAAUAUUUAUCCCGAUUCAAAUGACAUUUAUAACAUCUGGAGUUUGUUUGUGUCUCACGUUAUGAAAUUAGGUCUGAUUCAUUAAAAAUGUAUUAAUAAUUAAUGAAGCUCGUUCAGCUUUGGUCCACAGUCAAACUUUGUGUUUCCUUUCUUUUAGGGGACAGAGAACAGAAAUGACCAUUUGGAUGUGAUGAAUGUGUGUGCAUGAAAGACAAUAACACAUGUUUAUGGACAAUUACUCCACAUUAGCAACGUACUACCAAUGAUUUGACUUAACUAGGCAGUGAGCAAGGUCUGUAUUUGAUGAUCUGUGUAAUAUUUAUAGUGUGUGUAAUCACAGGUGUUUGACCACAGUUUCUUUGUGUGUAAAUAAAGUAUGAACUGACUUCAA